CUCAUCUCUUUGUAAACACUCUCUAGAACCCCUUUCACUUCGCAAACCUAAAUCAAUUUGAUCUCAAUGCAAAUUUGUUUUGCUUCUGCUUAAGUUUAAAAUUUCUGGAAGAUUCUCACCCGUUGUUAUACCUAUUCAUCCCUCAAGUUUUUUUCUCAUUUUUUGGGGCUAUUUUUUCAUCUUUCUGUCGUACGAGGUUCGUUUCUUGAAUUCUGUGUUUUUUUCAUUUGAAAGAUUUUCAGUGUCACUGUUUAGGUGAUACGUGAAUUGGGUUUAGAUUAGUUUUGGAUAAUUUGGGGUACACUGUGAUUAAUUGAUGAAGAACAAGAGAAAAGGAUGUGAAAUUUUGUGCCCUAAACAGAGAGAGAUGUGGAAUUCGACUCGUGAUUCGGGAUCUUCGAUAUCGAAUUUGAAAACCCAUUUUUCGUUAGAGGAAUGUUCUAGAAGGUUGAAGAAAAGGUGUAAGGAAGAUGAUGAUGAUGAUGGGUUGUGUUGUGAGGUUACUGUUGGGUCUUGUAGAAGUAGAAAUAGGCUUGCUGCAACUGCCCCGCCGAGUGGGAGUUCUUCGAUUAGUCUGUGUGGGAGAGGUCUUAAGAGAAAGAUAGGAUGUAUAGAUGCAGCUACUCAAAUGGGUAGGAAGAAUAAGAUUGAAAAUGAUUAUGAGAUGGGGGAAGCUUUAGGGAAAGGUAAAUUUGGGUCUGUUUUUUUGUGUAGGAGUAAGGUUACUGGUGUUGAAUUUGCUUGCAAGACAUUGCCUAAAGGGGAAGAGACAGUUCAUAAGGAAGUAGAGAUAAUGCAACACUUAUCGGGGCACCCGGGUGUGGUGACAUUGCAUUCGGUGUAUGAGGAUGCGGAAAGUUUUCAUUUGGUGAUGGAGUUGUGUUCUGGUGGGAGGUUGAUUGACGAGAUGAACAAGGAGGGAAGGUAUUCAGAGCAUAAGUCUGCUAAUAUAUUUAAGGAUUUGAUGUUGGUGAUUCAAUAUUGCCAUGAUAUGGGAGUUGUACAUAGGGAUAUUAAGCCUGAGAAUAUCCUUCUAACUGCUUCUGGGAAGAUAAAGCUUGCAGAUUUCGGCUUGGCUAUGAGGAUUGCCAGUGGUCAGAGUUUAAGUGGUUUGGCUGGAAGUCCUGCGUACGUGGCCCCUGAAGUUCUUAUAGGGGAAUAUGGUCAAAAAGCAGAUAUUUGGAGUGCUGGUGUUCUUUUACAUGCUCUACUGGUUGGUGUCCUUCCAUUUCAAGGGGACACUUUGGACGCUCUUUUUGAGGCAAUUAAAAGCAUGGAACUUGAUUUUCACUCUGAAAAAUGGCAAUCUGUAUCUAAACCUGCACGGGAUCUUCUUGAGCGGAUUCUCACAAGGGAUGUUGCUGCAAGGAUUACUGCUGAAGAAGUUUUAAGCCAUCCAUGGAUGCUGUUCUACACAGAGCGCACUUUGAAGACAGUGUCCGUCAGGUUGAAGUCAAAGCAUUUCUCUGGAACACCAAGCCAAAUACCAGCCAUUACCUCUAGACUAGAAUCAGAUGGAAAGAAGAGAUGCAGUAAAUCUCUCAAUGGGGAAACUAAAGAUUUAAGGUGUGAAAGUUUGAACAGAGAAUCUGAAGAAUCCGAGGAGUCUGGUUUAGUUGAUGUGCUUGCAGCAGCGAUAUUGCAUUGCAGGAUAUCUGAACCAAAACGAAGCAGAUUGUGUGUCAACAAUAGUCCAAUAAGGGAACAAUGUUCGUCUAACGUGAAUUCUAACCUUUGCAAGGCUUUCUGAUUACAUCCAUAAUUCAUGUACAGGUGUCUUGAGAUUAUAGUGCUGAUGCCUCCCUUUUCUUAGAGGAGACUGAUUAAUUAUAAGUUACCAGCGUGCAAUUUCCGAUUGUACAAAGAAACUUGGAUCAGAUUAACUCGAAUAACACCAUCAUUAUUGGAUUUGAAAGGUCUGCCACUGUUGACACAUUCAUUUACCUGACAGUGGAUACACUGGUUUCUGUACAAAACAUGUAAAUAGUUGAUGGCAGCAUAGGAUGACUCUUGUGAUUACUAUACAAUGAGAAACUAACCUGUUUGAUAUCUCUUA